AAGAGCCUUUUUCAAGCCAUCGUGUAUAUGACUGUAUAUUGUGCUCUCUUCAUCAAAAACAUGGUACUUUGAACGUGACCCGGCACCCACGUACAUCUUGGGCUCAAGCGAGCGCCAAUGCGCUGGGUGGGGCCCACCUUGAAAAUUUUCUUUCGACCGGCCCUCGGGAGCCUUCGCUGUGAGAUGUUGGACAUAGAUGACCCUCUUUCACUUGGUGGAUAUGGUGAUGACUUCGGCCGACGAAGGGGAGCACCCAGAUCACGUGCUGCGCCGAAGGUUCCUGUGUCGAUCUUGUGUGGCUUUCUAGGGGCGGGGAAGACCACGAUGGUGCAGCACGUGCUGAAAAAUCGUGAAGGGCUCAAGGUGGGUGUCGUUGUAAAUGAUGUUGCAGAGGUGAACAUCGACUCCGAAGUGCUGCGUUUCGAAGAUGCUGACGGCAUCGUGGGUUUGCAGAAUGGUUGUGCCUGCUGCUCCGGCAGGGCUGAUUUGUUUGCUCGCCUUGAAGAGCUGGUGGAGAGCACAGGAAUCACGAAGCUGGAGAAGGGUUGGGACCGGCUGGUGGUUGAGUGUUCUGGCGUGGCUGAGCCAGAAAGCAUCGCUGCCGAACUGGAGGACAGGGCGAAGACGGGCGACCAGUUAAUGAAGAGGCUGUUCUUAGCAGGGAUCAUUUGUGUGAUUGAUGCUUCUUGCUUCUGGGAGAUGUACAAUUCCGGCGAUCAGGGCGACCAGGAUCGCAAACCCUUGUCCAGUCUCUUGGUGAGCCAACUGGAAUCUGCUGACACAGUGGUCAUCAACAAGACCGACUUGGUCAGCAGUGAGGAGUUGAGCAAAGUCUCGAAACUUCUGAAGGCGCUAAGCCCCAACGCACGGCAGUUCGAGUCCAUCCGAGGGCAGCUACCCUUGAGGACUCUACUCCCCGCAGAGCCCAUCGAUAUGGAGAUGCCGGCGUAUGUCCCAACCCUGGCAAACCGGCAUAGUGCAGCAGUGCGAAGUGUGGGGAUGUCAACCGCCCAUGUGGCGCAUGCGUCCGGUCAUGGUCACAGCCACGAAGGAGCUGAGGGCGACUGCAGCGAAUGCGCGGCGCCGCUUGGCGCGGCGCGCCACGAGCGCUUUGGCAUUUCCAGCUUCGUGUACCGGCAAGAUCGCUGGUUUCAUCCUGAACGAUUGGCCGCUCUGAUUCGAAGACUUCCCGUGACUGCUGCCAACAUCAGCUUCGACAAGGCAAGCGAUCCUGUCCAGGAUCAACUCUUUGCUGGUGUGCUUCGAUCAAAAGGCUUUGUUCGGACCUGUGACUCUGAUCAAAGCUUCUACUGGUCUCAUGCUGGGCGUCGCGUGGAGGUCUUCCCUACAGCUACCUCAGCCAAGAGCCAAGAAGUGGUUUUCAUUGGCACAGGCCUUGACCAAGCUGCCAUCUCGGCAGCCUUGGAUGCUUGUGUGGCUACCGAUGCAGAAUGCGCAAAGUUGUGACAAAAGGUUUUUUCCAUCUCCAAGUUGAUGUCCGCACGCCUGUUGUGGUGUUUGCUGGAGGUCUUUCUAUGCAC